UAAGAACAUAUGACUGAUAAGGCAAUAAAUAAUAUGAACACUUGUUCUUAUCUAUGCUAUUGAUUACCAAUAGGUGUUUGUAAUUUCGGAGAAUUGUUAAUUGUGUGAUAUCAAAAAUCAAGAGUCAAGUUCCUAUUUUUCGAUAUGUGGCUCAAUGGAGCGCUUUGGCGUUUUUUGUAGACGUAAUUCGUGUGCCUAAUUUUACAACGUGCAUUUUAAAUUUUUAAGUAUUUGCAUAAAAUGUUUGGAAGAAGCUUGAAGACAACAAAGAGGCUGUUGAGCAACCCCACUACAUUGCGCAACGUCGAAUACCAAAGGUCGCUGGGAAAAAAAUAUGGUUAGUGAUACAUGUUUUGUUGACAUUUCUGCAGUGUUUUAACGCAUACAUGUUUAAAUUGCAUUUAUUGUAUUAGUAGGUAUGACAUAGACAAGUGAUAAUAAUUUGGGUUUGCCUACCUCGUUUGUUUAAUAUAAACAUAUUUCCAUAGUUUUCUAUUUUACAUAAUAUUUAUUAUACUGUUAUAAGUGUUUGAUGGAUAAUACAAUAAUAAUUCGUCCUUUGAUUGAAUUAAGUAAGUACAGUUUUGAAUUGUUCAGCAAAUUAAAUUAAAUUUCAAUGUCUUCAGGUUGUAAUAUUGAUUUAAUAAUAUAGUUAAAUCAAUAUGUUAUUUUAUAAAAUUAAUAAGUGUUUACAUACAUUUUUAUUAUUGGGUAGGUUUAUACUAAAUUUAUACCUAUUGAAUAACAUUACUUAAGAACUGUUUUAUUAUUUUAUUCAUGUACCAUUAACAUUUUAUACAUAAUAUUUUGUCGCUGUUCAUAUAAAUUUACUUAAUUUUGUAUUAUUUAUUAGUUAGUAUUUCAAAUAUUUUUAUUUUUAAAUGUUGACUUAAAUUUCACUAAAAAAAAAAUCUUUAAAAGUACACAUAAAAAAGUAUCGUCUAAUAACAAAGUAUACAAUAUUAGUUAUUAUGUUAAUGUAAUAGGUAUUUAUUCAGUACAUUAAUGUGAUUGAUCAUUAGUAAAAAAUAAUAAAAUAACCAUAUUUUUGUAAUUUAUAUUAUCAUAUAGACAGGUUUUAAAAUAAUUUAAAUAAAAAUUAAAUUAUAUCUAAUUACAUAGAUACUUACCUCAAUUUCUAAAUUAUUCACCUACUACUUCUACAAAAUAUACAAAAAUUAAUAAAUAAUAUAGAAGUGUUACCUUUGCUAUUCCUUAAAGGUACAUUUUACAAUAAGUACAAUUUUUUUUGGUUCUUCAAAACUACUUUAUAACCUUAUUUAUAGUGCAAUCAUCAAAUAAAUUAUUUCUUAAAUUAUAUGUUGACUAUUAUUUUGAGAUUUACAAUUGUCUACAAUAUUUAAAGACAUUAAAUAAAAUUUCUUACAACUAUAUGAACAUAAGUUUAUAAUAUUAGAUUCUGGAUAUAGUGGAUUACGUAUUGGUUAGAUUAGUCAGUUUAUAUUUUUUUGUAUUUUUGUGUCUGUGAUCAACUUUUAUAUCAUACAUUUUGCUUCAAUCAAAAAUGACAAGAAACCUUUUAUUUCAUAUUGAAUGUAGUUGGUUGAAUCGAGACGAUCAUCAUAUUUUGAUUUUCAAAGCUGUUUAUUUAAUAGUUCUGAAAGACCAGGAAAAAUGUAUUGGAUAAACAGAUAAAUAUUUUUGAUAUGAUGCAGUAUUGCCGAUUUUUUAUUAUUAAUUUUUGUGCAUUUUUAUUUAUUUAUUAGAAUACAAAUGCCGAGCGGCAAUUUCAAAAACAAAAACUUAGAUAAUUUUUGUUUUUUUUUUAGACAUGUUAUUCUAAAUUUUAAGAGUGACAUUUUUUCUGAUGGAAAAUUUUAUAUGGCUGGUGAGUAAGGGAGUUGUGUUUUGAUUUUUCAUGUUUUAUUCUUACAAAUUGGCAAAAUCAGGAACAUUGAAUAACAGUUUUAUUCAAUUUUUUCUUUUUGUUUUAAUUCUGUUUAAAAUAUUUUCAGAGACCUGCAUAUUUUUACAGAAUACUUAUAUUUGAUACAUACAUUACUAGUAGUAUACAUUACUUAUAUUUGACUUUCUUAAAUAUGAUAAAAUGUUUAAAACAUUUUGGCUAUUUUUUAGUUUUUAUAAUUCUUAUUCAGUAGGCAUUAUAUGUUUAUAAUUGUUUGAUCAAAUAGAGACGUUUGCAAAUUUAACACAAGAUUCAUUAUAAGUUGCAUUUAGUGGUUAAAAAUAGAAGAAAGUUAAACUUAAUUUAAUAUGUUUUUUAUAAGUGUUUUAAGAUUAAAUUUUGAAUUUAAUUGAAUAAAUAACUGUAUUUUAAAACAUGUAUAACUGAACUUUUCUCAAAAUUAUUUCUUUAGCAAUGGUCUAUUGUUGCUUAUAGAUACAAAUUAAAUAACUUAAUAUAUCCUACUUUUCUAAGUUUUAACCUACAAGGCUACAACAAUAAAACACCUUUCCCUAAUAUCAGUUAUUUUUUUUUCUUUUGAUAUCUAAAUAAUUUUAUAUUUUUAUAAUUAUGAAGUCAGUUUUUUGAUUUUCAACUUGAAAACUUUUUUGAACCUUUUAAUUUUUAAUUUGAUAUAGGAGCAUACCUAUAAUUUAUUGGUUAAUAAGUUAAGAAUGAGAUCACAAAUAUUACACAAUUUUAUUUAGGACCUAAUUACUCAGAUGAUUACUAGUUAUAGAUCCUAUCCUAGUGUUUUUUUUUUAAAUUGUCUUACCUAUUUAUAAUAAUUAUAAAGAAUAUAUUUUUUGUGUUAAAACUAAGUAGGUACUUAUGUACUUACAUACAUUUUUUUAUGUGGAUUAUUUGAUUUUUAAAAAACUGUAACCAGUUAUUACUAUUGUAGCCAGUAGUUUUAACUAUAAUUAUUUUAAAAUACCUUUCCAAGAUUUUCUUUUCUUAUCAUAAUAUUAGACCCUAAGCUGGGCCCACAGUUGAGCAUAUGUGUAUUGUAAUUAAAAUAGCAAUAUUUUGAGCCAGAUUAAACUUACAGAAAAUGUGUAUGAUGAGCAAUAUGCUCUAUUACCUUGUUUGCGAAUGAGACUAGGUUAACCAUCAGAAGUACGUGCAAAAUCUUAUCGAAGGAAGUGUAUAUUUGAUGUAUAUAAGAUGCAUAACAUGAAAUUACAUAGAAUUCGUGGAUACAUUUAAGCACACAUUAGCAUGUGUUUGAAAUAUAACUACACACUAUCAAGUGGAAUCUCGGCUUCAGAAUCUUGACAAAAUAAUUUUUUUUUACCAAUUACUAGGAAAUUAUAAAGACUUAUAAAUUUAUUACAUUUUUAUAUAUAUGUUAAUAAUGAAUAAUGAAAUAGUUAAAUUGAAAUCCAAGCUAUCCCUGAUUAUAAAUAUAAUAUGUUAUUUAAGUUAUAUUACAAUUAACUGUACAAUGUACCUAUGUCGUAUGUAUAAUAUAUAUAAUUUGUUUUAAUCUUUUUAAAAUUGAUAAUUACUUCUUAGUUAUCUAGGGUCUAUCAUUAAGUGAAGUGUUAUUUUAAGAUGUAUCUAAUUAGUUUGCAAUCUUCUUGUUAUAUAUUAUUAAAAGUUCUACUCCAGUCUAACAUAUAAAAAAUUAGAAUUAAUUGCAUUAUUACAAUUAUAAUUUAUAGUCAACAUGUAUAGAUAGAAAUAAUAAACUAAAAACAAAGGAUUAAAUUGUAAUAUUUUAAUAACUGAUAAAAUAUAUUUAAUAUAAUACAAGAAAGGGUUAAGCAACAUCUUUAUAGAUGCAGUCACUUAAAGAUGUUAAAGAAGUCUAAUUUUUUGUAUUAGAUGGGUAUUAGUCUAUAAUUAAUAAGAUAUCAGAUUUUUAAAAAUCAAUUUCUAUAUGUAUGUUCACACUUGAACUAUUGACUUUUUUGCAUUUUUAAUUUGUUUUUUUCUGGUUACACAAAAAAAAAACUCAUUUAAUUAUACCAAAAUAACAUAUAUAGUUGAUACAAGACAAUAUUGUUAUAAAGGGUAUUUUAAACCUGUAUUUUGUUUUGUUGUCGAGGCCUACAUUUUUUAUGGUUACAUUAAUUAUUCAGUUUUUUGUUUUUAAUAAAAAGGAAAUAAAUGUAACCUAUCAUAAUUUUUAAUAUUUAUUUAUUAUAAAUUAUCUUAUAACUAGAAUAUGUUUAUAUCAGUCAGAUACUUAGAUACCUGUUUAGAUAGUUACUACUUAAAAAAAGAAUAGAUACUAGAACAUUGGAAUAGUGGAAUAUGAAGACAUUAUAUUUAUUAUAAAAUGCAUGCUAUUUAGGAUUUUAUAAAAUUAACUAAAUAUUUAUCAGUAAGUAUUUCAAAUUCUAUUUAGGAAAUCUUAUAUUUAUAAAUUGGUACUUGAAUUAUACUAUUUACACAUCGAUAUGUAAAUUGUUACUGAUAGGCAGCUUCUACCUAAUACAUUUUAUUGUAUACCUAGUGUUGACAUAAAUUCUGCAAGUACCGUGUAGUUAGGAGACAUUUUAAUUUCCAAAAGUAGCAACACUGCAAGUGCACGAUAAUAAUUGUCACGUGCAUGGCUCGAUCACAGCAAUUGCCACAGUAACUGUUGUAACAAUGCAGUUAGAAAAUUAUCACACGCUUUUUGCCAUAAUUGAUUUGUUUAAAUUGGGCAAAUCCGCGUAACAAAUUUUCACUCCCUUGCGACCGCUUUAAAUGAGUGAACGAUUUGUGUGUCGCACCAUUUAACGUUACUCUGAAACUGGUGAUGUUGGUCAUGUUAGACGUAAUCGUUCCCGUUCUGUUCGGACAAAAAAGGCGAUUGAAGCCGUUCGUUCGAGAAUCAAUUGAAAUCCUUUAUGGAAACAGAAAAUCAACGCGCGAUCGGUUUUUCGCAUAGUUCGAGAUGAUUUAUGUAUGCGUGCAUAUAAUCGAUAUACAAGCCAUUUGUUGACGGACCGAUUAAAGAGAGUAAGACUCGAAAGAUCAAAAAAGCUCCUACGCUUGUACGGUCGAAAAAAAUUUAAACAAAUUUUAUUCACAGAUGAAAAAGUAUUCACCGUUGAAGAAAAAUACAAUAAGCGAAAUGACAGGGUAUAUGCAAGGUCAUCAUUAGAGGUCAGAGAAAAAGUUUCACGUGUUCAACGAGGCCACCAUCCUGCUCAAGUUAUGGUUAGGUGUGGUUUGUCAUUGCAUGAUGUUACAUAAAUUCAUUUCUGCGAGAAAGGGGUUAAAACUGGGGCUCGUGUUUAUCAGAAUAGCGCCUUUAGUGUAGCUUCAUUGUUCGAUGGAAUUGUUUGGGUUUUCUAACAGGAUUCGGCAUCUGGCCAUAAUGCAAAAAUAACGCAAGAGUGGCUUGAAAACAAUGAUCCAAAUUUUCUAUUAAAUUUCCAUGUAUUUCUGUCAAGUUUCACAAUUUCUCUACAGAGUACCUACCAAAUAAAAAUUACAUAAAAAAAACUCUCAAAAUUACAACGUCUAUAAAUAGCUGAAAAAUUGAUCAAAUGUUCUGAAAGUUUUAUCGCUUAAAAGUAAAUGUAAGUUUUCUGUCAACAUUUUAAGUCUACAAAUAUUUUAAAUUGAAAUUUUGUUCAAUUUUUAAGAAAUCUAAAAAAAAAAAAAAUUAAAUAGCAUACCCAUAAACUUAAAUACCUCGAGAUUAAAAAUUCAACAAAAAAGAUCUCUUUCAUUAAUCUAUUAGAUGGCAGAAAACAUAAGCCGUACAUGUUUAAAAUAAUGAAAUAUGCCGUAAUUUAAAAAAAUCGUAUAUUUCAUAUUUUUUUGUUUUUUCCCAAUUAUUAUAAAAAAUACUUUGGAUAUCAAAAAACGACUUCUCUGCCAGUGGCGAAAUAUAAAUAACAACAAAAUCGAUAUGUUGUCAUUUUUAGAUUGGAGCAAUAUUUUUGGUAGAAAACAUCGUGUAAACGUAAUAAAAAUAAUAAAAACUGUAAUGCCGCGCUGUAAAUAUUUGCGGUUUUACAUAUAAUUUUUUUUUCGGAUUUUUCUCAGUUAUUUCCUAAAUACCUUGAAGAAUUAAUAAAUGACCUCAACGCACCAACUAGAGAAAAUUAAUUUUCAGAAAAUGUGUAGUCUAUACUUCGGAACAAGUUUUCUUGACUAAACAGAAAUUGAAAAUUAGAUCGAAAGUUCUUUAUAAUAAAUUGUGCUUAGUGGUCAACAAGAGUGAGAACAAAUUGAGCUUAAUGUAGUAUUUUUUUUUUUAAUAGGAAUUUUUAAUAUCAAAUUUUGACGAAAAUUGCAAAUACUACAGUCUUUUAAAACAUGUAUAACCACCGAAUUCCACUCAAAAUCGUAUUUUCGUUAACAAUGAUUAUUGAUCAUUGUGUACAUAUAUACAUCGAAUUCCCCUCAAUAUCCUACCUUCCCAACUUCUCAACAGUGGCCCAUCCAUCGUACGAAAUACGUCAGUCUUUUUUCUUUUUACCUUUAACGGUAGUUUUAAACUCGUUCCUAAAUGUUGAUAUGUGAUACUAUUGAUUAAAUACAUAUAUAUUAAAUCAAAGGUGAUACCACUGGGUAUACUAUUAUAGUUUUAUUAUCUAAUAAUAUAUAUCUUAAGUUUCCUCAUCUGUUCUAUUGGAUUUCUGACCAUUUUAUUCUUUAUUUGAAAAAAUUAUUAUUAUUAUUUGUGUAGUAUUCUGAAUUUGUUAGUUGUUAAUAGAGGUAUGUGCAGACCAAGCAACAUUUUGUUGGCAACAACAACGCCGUCAACUGGCGUGUUAUAUCUGUGUUUUCCAUGCUAAAUGGAAAACAUCGCUCACUGUGGACAGUAUGAGUUUUAUCUGUAAUAUAUUUUUAUAUCAUAAUAUAUUGAAUUUUAUGGAAUUUACAAUAAAAACUUUGUGAAAAAUGGAAAUAGUAUCAUUUUAUUUUAAUUCGGAUUUCAGAAAUAUUUCUUUAAAUACUUACAUUAAUAAAUCCCAUUUGACAGUGUAGGCAUCAACAAAUUGGCUGUUAAUAUUGGUAAUUUUAAUAGAUAGUUUUAUCUUUUAUAGGUGUCCCUAUAAUAUCAAUGUGUAACAUUCAAUAUUGAUUAAAUUUAAUUACUUUCGCUAUAUUUAAGUUUUAAUACAACUUUUUUCACUAUUUUGGCUAAAAAGCAAAAUGUAUACUUAUGAAUAUUACUGUUCGAUGAAAGUUUCAAUUUAAAUUCUCACAAAGUUAAAAUAAUUAUUUAUUAAUUAAAUAUUUGUAUUGUUGGAGCAAUAAAUUUUAUACUAAUUUCGUAAUAUUUUACUAUAAAUAUAAUAGUGUAACAAAUAGGCAUCUACACAACUACAUUUACCUACUACCUAAAAUAUGGCCUAGAUAACAAAUUUAUAAAUAAUUAUGUAAUAUAAUCCCCAGUAUUAUCAAAACAAUUCAACACAAUUGUGUUUUAUUGUUAUAAACAGUGACACGUUAAGAAAUUUGUUUUGAGGGGAGGGGGCACUUCUAAAUAAUUUUAUAAUGCUAAAUAUAAUAGAUGUUGUCAAUUGGAAACUCCACAUGUUCUAACAACACUUAUCUACGUUAAACUAAUAUUAAUAUAGUAUAACAAAUUAUUUUUAUGCAAAAUAUAAAUACAUAAUAUUAUAAUAUUUUGUUUUGAGAAAAAUAGAUUUACCAUUACAUUUAUACAUUUUAUAUUUUUUGCAAAUUGACCCAAUAUCCAUAUAUAAGCUCUUCUGUAAAUAUAAUUAAGAAUAAUGAUAUUUAACUUUACUUGGAUAAAAUAUUGCAUUGUUUGUAUCUGAGUUCUAAAAUAAAUUAAACACUUGAUUAAUUAAUGUUGGGAAAAAUAUUACUUACAAUAUUAUUUCAUUAUGCAAUUCUAGGUGUCACAAAAGUUUAACACAUAGUAAAAAGUAAUUUACAAUCAAUGGCAAAAUGUUUAUUUUAUUAGACAAAGUUAGAAUAAUCAAGUUUUUUUUAAUCUUUUAUUUAUAAAUUAGUAAAUUAUUGAUAGCAAUUAUAAUUAAGUAUUAAUAUUAACCUAUUAUACAUUUCAAAAUUACAGUUAGAAGUAGUUUUAGAUUCUGAGCAAAGCGAGGAAUGUAUUGGUUUACAAUGAUGUUUAUUUAUUAUUUUUAUACUGUGUACAAACAUUUUACAAGAAAUCUUACUCCGAUAUAUCAUGUGUAAUACCUGUUUUGAAAAAUAAUUUUAUCUUGUUGGUACUUUCCAGAGGUCAUUUUUUGAUUUUCUAAGCAGUUUUUAUAAUAAUUGGGUUAAUAGCAAAUUUAUGAAAAUAAUGCUUUUGUUAUUUUAAAUUUUGUUUUUAUUUUGAUGUGAUUCAGUUAAAAAUGUUGACAUGAAUUUUGGACAGAAAACUUGUAUUUGGCUUUCCUAAAUAUGGUAAAAUUUUCAAAACAUUUGAGUCAUUUUUAAGCUAUUUAUAGGUGUUUUAAUUUUGCGAGUUUUCUACAUAUACAUUUUAUUUAGUAGAUACCCUGGAUAAAAUUGUUAGACCAAACAGAAAUACUUUACAGGAGAUUCAUCAUUAUAAAUUGUGCUUGCUUAGUGGUUAACAAGACUAAGUUGAGUUCAUUGUAGUAUGUAUUUUUUAGCAGUAGUUUAAUAUCACAGUGACCUAUCCACCGUGCGAAUUAUGUCAGUCUUUUUUUUCUAUUGUGUAUAAUUAAUAUUACACCAGAGUUCUUAUGUAAUGUAAAUAUUGCCAUAAUUUAAAGGUGAACAUUAAAUAUCUUCAGGGUAAUAUUGUAUAUUUGAUUAAUAUUAACAUUAUCCCUAUAACAUAUAUUAUAUUUUAAUAGAUAUUAAUCAAAAUAUUGAACAUUAAGGUAAUAGGUCUACGAUAUUACAAUGUGUAUUCUUAAAUUAAAUCUACUGUAAAGCUUACUAAAGCAACGAAAUUGUAAAAAUAUAGAAAUAUUAAUUUAGUUAAUUCUAAGUAAGAAAGAAGCCAAAUUAAUUAUUAAUUACUAAAUUAGUGAAAUGGCCUUUAUAAUAUUUUACUAUUCACAUAAAUUUAUUUAGUUUUGUUCUAGUCUUAGUACCCUGAGGAUAAGACCUUUGGUUUAAAUAAAAUACAUUGCCUUACUGCGAUAUGACUAGCAAAACAUUGAAAAAUGAGAAAGCAAGAAUUAUUUUUGUUAAGGUUUUUAAUAUAUAUAAAUUUCACAAUUAAUUAAUAGUAUGAAAAAUAAUACACAAUUCGUUUGACCGAAUGACGGCUAGAGCGAUUUCAAGGAAAACGUUUUAAAAUUAUUCUAUAAUAUAGUUUGAAAUUUGUUAUCUGUGAUAAUAUUGGGUCACGCCUUACUCUUAAGAUUAUUCAAACAAAAGUGGUGCGACUAUUACUUGAUUUAGAUUAUUUUAAAUCACAACUACUCCAAUAUCCGAUAGAAGAUAAUACAUGAAAUAGAUGUAUUAAUCAUCAUGUUAUAAUAUUUGCAAAUAUUUAUAUAUAUAUAUAUAUGCUACUACUUUUGCCAAAGGUCAAUUCAAUUAAAAUCAAUUGAGCUAGUUGCUUAAUUUUCAGGGGGAAUGGAAACCAUUCGCUAAGUUAGGUACUGUACAUUUUUAUAUCGACUAGAAUAGGUAAGUAUUAUAUAGGUAAUAUUAUAUGGGUAAAACCGAAUUAUAUUUUGUUUAUCAAAUACGUUUUAAAGAUAUAUCAAUAUUUUUAUGCCGGCAGUUUAGGAAGCUGAUAAAAAUAUAAAAGGAAAACGCUAAUGAGAAAAUGAAUGGUUUAAAUUUUUUUAGUAAGGUCAUUAGGCUGACUGAUUUACUCCAAACCUCUUCCAUCACGCCACCAGACGCGCGCUAACACGCGUCAAUUUUAUGCGUAUGAUAAUUUAUACAUUUACACGCGGACACGCGUCAUGGAUGAACUAUGGGUCCAAUACUACUAUGAAUUAAUUGAUAUUUGUUCGAAAUAUUUGUACGCCUGUGUGUAACUUCACCUAUUUUGUUUUUUUUUUUAUUCUGUAAUUGAUUUUAUUUUGCAUUAUUUUUGAUAUUCAAAUUAUUAACAAUGUUAUGUUUUAGGUAACAAUGGUGGCGAUGUCGACGGAGUUAAAGAAGUAGUGGCCAAAAAUACACGAUGGUGGAGCUGGUCGAACCUGAUUUAUCCCAUUCCUACCGGUGUAGGAUUAACUUUAUUAGCUGUACUCCAAUGGCGUCGUUUGAACAAGCAACAACCGGAAAACGAACAACAGCCAAUCUAUACGCAGAAUCUGAGAGUAAUUAAAUAUAUUAUCAUAGAACUAAAAACUUCAUAAAAUAUAAUGUGUAAAAUAAUUUAAAUUUGGAGACAAAAUCAUUACUUAUAAAAGUUAAGUACCUAAUAAGAUAAUUUUAGAUUUUGAGCGGAACGAGGAAGGAAUGUAUUGGUUUUACAAUGAUGUUAAUUUUUGUAUACUGUGAACAACUUUUUUACCAGAUAUUUUGAUCGAUAUUCAAGUAUAGCACUUUCUGAAAGGAAAUUUUAACUGGAUGGUACUUAAGGGAUGUUAUUUUCCAAGUGGUUUUCAUAAUAAUUGGGCGGAAAAAAUUAUAUUAUUUUAAAUUUUUUUUUUUUUAUUGUGAUUCAGUUAAAAGUAUUUGUAAAGAUUUGAAAUUUGGACAGAAACUAAUACCUGUACCUUAUACCUAUUGCCUUUUCUAGACAUGAUAAAACUUUCGCAACAUUUAAGUCAUUUUUAAGCUAUUUAUAGACAUUUAAAUUUUGCGAGUUUCGGUGGAUUAACAGGAGGUUUAUUAUUAUAAGUUGUGCUAGGUGAUCAACAAGAAAAAGUUGAGUUGAAUGUAGUAUUAUUUUUUUUUUUAAUUAUAACAAUUUAAGUAUAAAAUUUUGGCUAAAAUUGUAAAUAUUAUGGCCUUUCAAAACACGUAUAACCAAAUUUUGAUUAGAAUCGUUUUUCUUUAGCAAAGAUUUUAUUGUUGAACAUAGAUAUACAUUAAAUCCCUCUCUAAAUCUUAUCUUCCAACUUCUCAGCUACAAUAAUGAACCACCCAUCAUGCAAAGUAUGCGCAUCUUUUUUUAUAUUAUUAUUCAAAAUUUAAUAAAGUAUAAUGACAGGUAAGCUUGCUUAAUAUGGAUUAAUCAAUAAUAAAAUCACCCAUCUUGACAAAUAACUGUUGCCCAGGUACUUAUGCAUAAUAGGUACAUGUGAAAAAAUAUUUAAAUAAAACAAAUCUGAAAAACAUAUAUCGGUAUCAUAUUAUUAUAGACACUUACAAUUAUUAUAAUUUAAAAUGUUUAACUUUCAUUCAAAAUUAGGUGUGUACUUACUAUAGAAACAUAAUAUGCAUGUAAUAUAAAUACUUAUUAUGAAAUAUUGUUAUAUAUUUUUUUUUUUUAUAAAAAAUGUAAUACUUGGUAUAAUAUAUUUUAUCAAUAUAUAUCUAGAAUAUGUUUCACAUAACAUGUUUAUGUAACAUGAUAGUUAUUUUGUCUAUGAACAUAUAUUAUAUUACUAGGCACUACUAGAGUACAGACUAUAAUACAUUUAUGUAGAAUAACGAAGCUGAUUAAUUAAAAAACAAGCAAAACUUUUAUUAUUAUUCAAAUGUAUUUGUAAAAACCGAAGUUUGUGUUAUUGAUUUGAUUUAUAUUUUUUCAUUAUUGAAAAAGUAGAUCUUUUUAAAGGAAUGUAUUGGUAACAGCUUUUCUACAAGAGAGCUUUUUUGCAAUAAAUGUUGUCUAGUUAGUGCAUUGGAGAAGUUAUAUUUUAUAUUUCUUAAUUCGUCUGUGAUUGUAUCAGUGCCGUUCCAUUUUAAGUACGAAAAUCUCUGAUGAUUUAAUCAUUCACCUUGUUUCUGAAUUAAUUUAUGAGAUGUAAUGGACUAAAUGUAGUUGUUAUCUCAUUUAUUUUAAGGUGAUAGUCGAUAACAUCUAAUAUUAUGUUUAUUUUUUGACUAGUUUUAUUUCGUGUGAUAUUCCGCCUCUUUCAUUAAAUUAAAUUUGAUUUGAUUAUUUCAUGUGAUCUGUAAUCAAUAUCAAUAUAGAGUGCUUUUAGUUAAAGUAACUUUUGAUAGUUAUAGUAAUAGAACAAUUUAACAAUCAAAACCCACAACAUGGCGGGAUUCAUUUCUCAAAAUCUUUAAUUUAAUAUUUUGUACGUAUUUAUGUAAAUUAUAUUCAGGAUAACACAGAAAAAAACCACAUUCUCUUAAUAUUUCAUGGUGCCAUUAGUGAUAUCACCACUGAUACCAUUAAUUAAACAUGAAGACAUGGUUUUUGAUUUAUAUUACUGUUUUCUAAACAUUAGGGAAAAUGUAUGCAAAGCAAUUACUAUUAUUUUGAAUUUUGUCUUUUUGUUGUAAUUCAAUUAAAAAUAAUCAUGUAGACCUUAAAUUUGUAUGGAAUAUAAUAUAAUAUACAUACAUAUUAUGUAGACUUGACAGGAUUUUGAAUACAGAACCAUCUAGCUAUUUUGGAGUUAUUGAUAGCCAUCUGAAAUUUCCAAGUUUUAGAUUUGAAGUAUACCCUAGCAAAGGAUCUAUUGGUUUUAUUGUGUUUAUAUUUCUUUUUUUUUGUGUGUGUCUUUUUGAACAGGAAUCUUGCUCCAAUGAAUAAAGUAUUACUACUUAAUUAAAAAAGAAAUUUUAUCUAUCUGGUGGAUUGAGGGGAUGGUAAUUUUUCGAUUUUCAUAAUAAUUAGGAAAAACUGGAAAAAAAAAUUAUUGGAACAAAUUACAGAGCAUCGUAUCGUUACCGAUUUUAUUGUUUUUUAUUUUUACUUAUGAUUUUCUAUGAUUUAACUAAAAAAAUUCGCGAAAAUAAAUUUUGUUGCAUUUUGGAUCUAGAUAUUUGUAAAUAAAUUGAUUUUUUGAUUUUCCAAGUAGUUUUCAUAAUAAUUAGGAAAAACCUGAAAAAUAUAUAAAAUGAAAACUGACAAAAUUAUGGUAUUAUAAUUUCAUUAUUUUAAAUUCUUAUGUAUUAUGAUUUCUAAUAGAAAUAUUGCUCCAAUCAAAAAACGACAAGUGACCUUUUAGAUUUUUUUUCUUUUUCAAUCCAGUUGGUGAGUAAGAAAGUUAUGUUUUGAUUUUAUCAGUAGCUUUAUUGAUAAUUGAGCAAAACUGAAAGAAACGGGAAAGUUAAUAGACAUAAUGAUUAUAUUUUUUAUUUUUUAUUGAAUUUCAAUUAAAAAUAUUUGUAGAUUUGAAAUUUUGACUGAAAACAUCUUUUCUAUACGUGGUCAAAUUUUCAAAAUAUUUCGAUGAUAUUUUAGUUAUUUAUAAGUAUUUUAUGUUUGCAUAAAUCUACUAUGUGGAUAUAAUUGUUUGACCAAACAGAAAUGCAUGCAGAUUUAAGUUAUAUUUAGUUAUAUAAAAAAAAAGAAAUCUUCAAAAAUAACAUUAAAUUAUAAUAAUAAGAACGUUGUUAAAUUGUACAUCAUCCAUUUAAAUACAUAUUUAUUUCAAGUUCUACUUACGUCGUAAACUUUAAAUACUUCCUUUAAUUAUAUUUUAUAAAAAUAAAUUGAUAAAAUCUUGUGCAUUCAGUACAGCUACUUACAUUGUAGUACAUUAUAUUUAAAGUUGAACAUAAAAAAUGAAUAAUCAAUUAAAAUCUGAUUUUAUUGAAUUUUUUAUUUUUUUUUUGUUAGUUUAAAAUUGUAUUGAAUUAUUCAAAUUAAAUAAAUAAUAAAUUUUAUAUUUAUUUUUUAGCUAUCAUUUUACAAAGCCAUUCCAUUAAGAGCAAUGUCAAGGUUAUGGGGCUAUAUCUCAGGAUGUUAUAUACCUCGACAAUUGAGAUAUUGGCUAUACACUGCAUAUUCAAAAUUGUUCGGUGUUAUUAUAGAGGAAGUUGAAUUACCCAUGGAAUCUUAUAAAAGUUUAGGAGAAUUUUUCGCUAGGCGAUUAAAAGAAGGAGCUCGACUAAUCUGCAUUGGCUGUCCUAUAGUAAAGAUGUUUAGACAAUAAUACUAUUAAAUCUUUAUUAUUCUUAUGUGAUUAUUUAAUUUUCUUCUAAAAAUGUUUAGGUUUCUCCUGCUGAUGGUACCAUAGUUAGUGUUGGCCGUGUAACAUCUUGUCAAGUUGAACAAGUUAAAGGUGUUACGUAUACUAUCAAGUCAUUUUUAGGUACACCUACGUGGCAAGAAGACUCAGAAACAUUAAAAUUAUCAUCUUCACCAGUAAACACUAUGAAUAAUUGUGAUUUAUUGAAGCAGGACUCUACAUCUAAUAACUGUAGUGGUUGGACAAUAAAUUCGACUUUUCUGUUCUACCACUAUGGCCUUCUCACCAUGCACAUGUAUUGCAUCAAUUUUAUAUUCAACUUCCUUUCACAAGGUGUAAGUUAUUUCAGUCUUUCAUUUAAGAAACAGGACGUAGCUUUGUCUAAUGAUACACAAGAAAAAACAGUAUCUGUUGAACGGAAAGAUAGUAAUGACAAUGAAUGUGAGCCAAUUGAUCCCCAUUGGGAUGAAUAUAAAUCAAAGUUGUUACACAAUCCAGAAAAUGAAUUGUAUCAACUGGUGAUUUAUUUGGCUCCAGGAGAUUAUCACAGGUUUCAUUCGCCAGCUCAAUGGACCGUAAAAUUCCGAAGACAUUUUCAAGGUAUUGGAAGAAUUUGAAAUUGUUUGAUAACAAUAUUUAUAAAUUAUCGUUACAGGUGAAUUAUUAAGUGUCAAUCCAAAGAUAGCCCGUUUACUACCAGAUUUAUUUGUAUUAAACGAAAGAGCUGUUUAUAUUGGUGAAUGGGAACAUGGAUUCUUUUCUAUGACUGCUGUAGGCGCUACUAAUGUAGGAUCUAUCAGAGUGCACUCAGACAAGGUAUAGUAAAAAAUAAUUAUAAUCAGAAAACAUUACUAUUUAUUUACAUAUAAUACUAUUUUGUAGGGCUUACAAACUAAUAUGCGAUGCCGCCGAAAAGAUUUUAAUCAACACGACCGUCCAUUAGAGACUCAAUGGUCAAAGGGCCAAGAAGUUGGAGAAUUCAGAAUGGGCUCAACUGUGGUGUUAUUAUUUGAAGCACCCAAAGAGUUUAUUUAUAAUGUUGAGGCUGGACAAACUAUACAAAUGGGACAAGCUCUAGGUAAAAUAGGUGUUUCACGAGUCAAUUCUAAUUAAUAUAAAUAAAUAAAAAUCCUAUUGUCUCAUAAAAACUUCAGUAAAUUCUUCUUGCAGACUACCUUAAGGCUGACUAAAUUUUUAAUUAAUUUAUAUAUACAUAAAAUUAAUUAUUUAGUUUUUAUGUUUACAUAAUAGAGUUUGAAGUCUUGGUCGUUGUUGACCCGUAUUAUUAUAUCAUAUAUAAUAUAAUAGUUAUCUCACAACAACAAUAAGUAUUUUAAAAUUAAAAAGACAAUUUUUUUACAUACCAGAAUCCAACUUUUAAUUUAAUUAGAAAUAUAAAUAGAUAAAAUAUUUUAAAAUCAAAAAUAAGUAAUUACCUUUACUUAGUGCGCAACAUUUUUUUCUAUCUUAAAAUUUAAUUAUCGUAAUUAAUAAACAGAUAUACUGUGUUUGUGUGAUAUGUAUAAAGUAUAAAAUUAAUUACGUUAUCUAGUAUUUUAAAAUGGUUAGGUUGGUUUUUUUAGUCUUUCUUAUUCUUCAUAAUUCAAUUAUAAUAAUUGAUUAAAUAUUUACUAUUUAUACAUACGCAAUAAACAUUAUAAUCAACAGUGCUGUAGAAAAUAGUUUAUGUAAUAUUAUAACAUUAUUUUGUGUCAAUUACCAUUAGUUUUAAAAAAAUUAAAUUUAUACUCAAUAAAAAUCAAAUACAAUUGUGUAUUGAAUGAAUUAAAUUUAUUAAAAUCUGUCUAAAAUAUAAAAAUAUUUGUACAACAAUAUUAUUGUAAUAGUAUAAUUAUUAAAAAUAAAUGUCUUUUAAAAAUAUCACAAAUAUUAUAUUAGUUUAUAUAUUAUACACAAGCGUAUAAAACAUCUACACAGUAUUACUCGAUAGUUUUUUUUUAUUAGUCUAACAAUAGUCUAUCAAGUUUUUGCUUCACAGUGUUUAUAAAAUAUAAAAUAUAUUUAUUGAGGCUGGUUAUUUUUUUUCCAAAACAUUGUUUGUUUGGCAAUAUUUGAUGAUUGAAACAUUUUAACCAUUUUAGGUUUCAAAUCUUGAGUGACACUCAGACCACUGCUAAUAAUUAUACAAAACAAUUAAAAAUAACAAAAUUAUAAGUAAAAAGUAAAAUUAAUACCUUUCAGGUUGUAAUGAUGGCAAUCUUGAUUCUGCUUCUUUGAUUAACAUAGCUGAUAAUUCUUUUUGAGAUAAAUUAUUUAAGAAACAAAGUUCUUCUAUACACCUAAAACAAGUUGUGUAUCAAGUAAUUUACUACCUUACACUUUUCUGACCUAAAUACUAUGAUUGUAUUAUAUUUGGGGGGGGAUAAAAUUAAAAAUACCUUAAACUAGGCAAUAAGGAUGAUGUAAUUGCACUUUGAGAUAAAGUGCAUUCAUAAAGAACUGUGCUGAAUGCAUCCAAUAAUACACGCGUUAGUUCGGUUUUUCUUGUAAUGUCUGAUGUCCUUACUGCUACACCAGAGUACAUAUUUAGUUGCACCAUUAUCACUGAAAAUGUAUUUUAAUUAAACAUAAAAGUAAAGUUAAAUUUUGUUUUUUUUUUUACCAUCUUCUCUAUAAGCUUGAUCAGACAUGGGAGCCAGUUUACCAAAUGCAGUUAUUAGUUCAGUGGUAAACGUUAUCAUGUCGCUUAAUGUCCUAUCGUCCAUAAGACUUUUCAUCUGAAAACGACAUUUUUCAAUAGUAUCCUUGUUAUUAGUCGACAUCAUUAACUGACCCAGAAUUGGAACUAAAGCUAUUUUCACUUCACUAAAAUUAUAUGUAUUUGAUUUUAAAAAUUGAUGUAUUUAAAAAAAUAAAAUUAUUAAGUAUGUAAACACAAACCAGUUAGAGUCAUUUGACAAUGUAAUGAGAGCUGGCAUUAUUCGAUUAGUUAUAUUCACAUCAGAUAAGUAUGGCAUAAUGGACGACAUAAGUUUAGUAACAGUCAAGCGAAUUGUUUCUUUCUGACUAAUAACUCCUACAAAAGUAAUGAAUUAAUGAAAAUUGAACACAAAAUUAUUUAUUCCUCUACCCACCUUCCCAAAGAGAUGAUAAUAUCAGUUCAUGUAAACGUUGGUGGUUAAAUGCUAGUAGGCUAAUUGUCAAGUUCAAUACAUCAAUAGGCACACCACACAAUGGUAAUGUACACACAUACUUUUUCAAAGUAGCUUCCAAUUCAUUAUCUUCACGCUAGAAAAAUUAAUAUCAACACAUUCCACGAGAUAAAUAAAAAAUAUGAGUAAUAAACAAACCUGAAUCGGAGCUAAUAUCGAACACAUAUAAAUACAAAGAAGAGUCAUUGAUGGUAGUGGAGUAGUGGACAUAUUGCCUAGGGAUCUUUCAAUAUCUUGUAUCUUUUUUAUAAACAAUGGUUUUACCUAUUAUCAUAUAGUAUGGUUAAAAUUAUGAAUAUUAUUGUAAAUAAUACAUAUCUAUUUAUAAUGAACCAUACUCUAUUUUGUGUAAACUUGGAUCCAAAUCCAUAACAAAAUGACUGAAAUAGUGUCACGAGCGAUUGUAAAAGUUUUUGAUUUUCAAUUGAUACUAAAGACGAAGAUUCUAUUAAACUAGGCAACCUAAAAAUGUAAUAGUUAUAAAAUAUAUGUAAUUUUAUAACAAAGUAGUACAUUAAAAACAUGUUUACAUCCAUUCAUAAAGCCACUGUAGUCUAGGCCAUGUUAUUUGAUUUUCCUCAACAACAGCAUCAAACGUACACAUAACUGUACCAAUUGUAUUAUUUGGAUCAUUGUAGAAUACUGUUGGAUUACAUAAACCUACACAUAUAUCAGCAAAACCUGUUCCUGAAAUCAAUUAACAUUUAACAAAUAUAUACUAAAACCUCAACAGACACCUUAAUAUAAAUGACGUUUUUUUAGUCAAUUAAAUGAUUUCCUUUCAUAGUAUUAUUUAUGUUUUUGUAUUUACUCAAUUCUCCUCUAGGAGUAUCUUCAUCUCGCAAUGAUAAACAUUCAGGGGCAGAUGCUACAAAGAGAACUAAAUAGGGAAGUAUGGAACGAAUAGCAUUCACCAUGUAACAACAAUUUGAUUCCAAUUGAUCUAUUUUUUGGGAUUUCCUCUGGGAAUCAAGAGUCUAAAAUGAAAAAGAAUUAUAGUACUAAUAAAGAAUAACUAUCACACAUGAUCUAAACAAAUAACCUUAAUUUGAGUAGUUAAAGAGUUCAUCAAUCGGGUAUAACAAUUUGAUUGUAAACGACCUUUGUCAAAUGCCCAUUUAGCUAAAACUGGCAACAAAAUUCCAGCAGUGAUUUCAAUAAUAUAUUUUAAAUUAUCUUUUAAUCCCACAAAAAGAAGUUCUUCAACCUAUAAAACAAUCAACGUUUAAAAUGAACUAAUUAUAGAUAAACAGUUCUGCAUAGGUAGUUAAGCAUAAUUUUGUAAUGGCACUUAUACAAAUAUGUUAUAAUUUUAGUUAGGCUUAAAAAUGAAUUCUAUCAUAUUCAUACAAACAGCGAAACCUAUUGACAAUAUUAAAUAAAGCGAUUAUAAAUUCUGCAUUUUACUUGAGCAUAUUUGUCGGUAUCAUAAAUAUAUACAGCAUUGAUUGCAAUGCUUUUAAUAGUAGCUGCACGUACAGAUUCAUCAAUAUCUUCAAUCAACAUUUGUUGUAAUACUGAAAGUAAUGAUUGCCUAGACUCACACUAAACAGUUAUCAAUAACAAUAUAACCAACCAUUAUUCUAUUAUAUUUGUUAUUGUUAAAUCAAAAACUUACAGUAAUUAAAGGGCUGAACCAUGAACAAGCUUCUGCAACCAAUAAUCUCUUUUCGACAUAUUUAUCUGAUAAUAAAUGCCAUAAUUGAGGUAAUAAUUCAUUUUCAAAAAAUUCACUAUUUGAAUAUUUCAAAAGCCAAAAUAAACCU